AUGUUCGGAGCGUCUUCUACAGACCAAGAGAGGGAUGUACUUCACAGCUGGAAUGAUAGUUCCCCUUUAGUCUCUGGUGAUAAAUCUAAUGUUGCCAUCAAUCAUCAUCGGGAGCUGCACAGAAUUCUUGUGAGAACUUUGUGGCGGAAUAUUUAUCCAGCAAACAAACCGGGUGCACUUCCGAAAACGCCAGUGAAAGUCCAUUUAGAAUUCGUUCUACAGGAACAAGAUAUACAUACGUUGAGGAUUAUCCGCCCUGUUACACUUUCAGACGAACCAAAGUUGUUUCAUUGGUUAAAUGACAAACCUCUUUUCUGGAUUUCAAUGUUAGCCUCUUUUACGUUUGCGAGUUGGUUGUCUAUACUCAUAUACCAUUCUCGGCAUCGAUUUUUAAUGUUAGUACUAUGUUUGUUAUUAGUCCUCAUAAUUUCCCAAUCAAUGUACAAGAAAUAUAAUGCACGACUGGCCCAGAAGAUGUCUGUUUUGUCCCGGUAUAAUGGUCCACCUGUUGACUGUAAACCUCCUGAUCAACAACCGUGGUCACGAUUCUUUAGUCAGUAUUUUACCUCUCGCCCGAAAACAGAUGAAUGUAUGCAGUACUACGAAGAAGUGCUUUCAGAGCCUUUUUUCACCACCAGUAUAUACGAAGUUUGCUUGGAACUGAUAUAUCAACCGAUUAUUUCAUUGUGUGGUAGUUUGGGUACUGCAUUCGGAGAGUUCUAUCAUAAUGUAUCAGCAUAUAUCCCCUGGUGGCUUUCACCAAUUAUCUUGGGCUACUUCAUAUUUUUGGCAUUUUUGUUUGUUGUCCGUGCACCAAAAUCUCUUUCUAAUGGACAACCAUUACGCAGUCGACGGGCGAAACAUAAAAUCAAAUCGUCUACAGUACCACCACUCACUUCUUCCUGA